AUGGAUUGGUUCUCAUGGCUCUCGAGAACAAAUCUCGAAGCUUCACUCAUAUACGAGUACGGUCUCUCCUUCUCCCAAAACGAGCUCGAAUACGAAGACGUUGUUUACUUCAACCACGAAUUUCUCCAGAGCAUUGGGAUCUCAAUCGCAAAACACCGUCUCGAGAUCCUGAAACUCGCUCGCCGUGAUCGGAAACCAUCUCCUCUCACCGGUCGUUCGAUUUCCAGAGUCCUGAUUGCGAUUCGAAAAACAGGGAAAUGUUUCUCUGAGUAUGUUAGGGCUUGGAUCCGUCGCGAGGAAUCGUCGUCGUCUAGGGCACUCGUGAUUGUGCCGAGUAGUAGCGGAAAUUGGAGAUGGAGAGGUUCGUUGUUGAAGAGGAGUAAGAGAUAUGUGAUGCCGAGUAAUGGAAAUGGCGGAUUUGGUGGUGGUGGUAAGGAAGAGAGGCUUUUGUUGACUAAUGGGACUCCAACAAGUAGGUUUGAUAGCUUCUCGAAUUCGAUGGUUUCUGUUUCUGAUUACGGUUUGAAAGAAGAGAAGAAUUGUGGUGAUGAUGAUGAUGGUUAUUGGGGGAAAGAUGUAGAAGAAGAGAUUAAGUGGGAUUCAAUGUUUCAGAAUCUGAAACCUACUUGA